AUGGUAAAAAAGUUGCAUUUUGUUGCUGGCAAAAUAUCAGUCAUUAUCUUCUAUCGCUUAUACAUAUUACUUAUUGCAUUUUCUUAUGUCCCACAAAUGUGCGAAGCAAAUGCAACGAAUCUUCACGGAUCUCAUGGGUGUGACUGUAUGGAAUACUGGACCUGCGUAAUGAGCGGAGGAUCGCCGUUCAGUUACUGCGGGCUCUCGGAAACCAACGUGUGCUGCUUUGUGCCAGCUGAAGCAUCCUCGCAAGAAGUUCAGCCAGCUUCAUUUGGAUCGAAGAAACGGUGUGGUCACAAGGGACCUGAUUCGGGGCAGGAAGGUAUCGCAGAUCCCGCAGAAUGGCCGUGGCAUGCAGCUAUAUUAGAGAAACCUGAUGACCUCUACGUAUGCGGGGCAUCGCUUGUGGACAAAAACUGGGUGUUGACGGCUGCUCACUGUGUAGACGAUUAUGCGAGGGAAAAAGGCGUCAGCUUAAAAGUGCGACUAGGUGAAUAUGACGUGACCUCGACCCAAGAAGCUCUAGUACACGAAGAGUAUGAUGUCUCAAGAAUAGUGCUAUAUCCUGCGUUCAACAAUUCCACAUUGGCACACGAUAUAGCGCUUCUAGAACUCCGACAAGCGGUUCAACGAAGGCCUCACAUUGACGUCGUCUGCCUUCCCCAGCCAGGUGGCCCUUUUCAUAACAUAACGAGCGUGGAUCACCGAACACGCUGCUUAAUAACAGGCUGGGGGCGUCGAACUGAAGUGACGGAACAUUCAGUGGUUUUGAAAGAGGUACCUGUGCCAUUGUGGCAGAAUGCUGCAUGUGAGGCAGCUCUGCGAAAACAGUUUGGACCGAAUUAUCAUUUACCAAGCACUUCAAUUUGUGCUGGGGCCGAAGAAAUGGACGCUUGUGAUCCAGCUCGUGCUCGUAAGGACAUAGAUGUGGCUAUGAAGGGUGAUGGUGGUGGCCCUUUAGUUUGUGAAGAAAAUGGCCAGUGGUAUCAAGUGGGUGUCAUCAGUUUUGGGAUAGGAUGUGGCAGAAAAAAUACACCAGGAGUAUACACUCGUGUGAAUACACAUGAGCAAUGGAUUACUGAUACCAUACUGCAUCACAGAGAAAGCAGCAAUCAAUAAAGCUAGAUUGAAAACAGUAAUAAUAAUAAAAAAAGUAAUGCCAACGAAGAGGCCUACAUGAAUUAUGUAUUUAUCUGACAUGUCCAGAUAAAAGCACAGAAAGGAAUCAAAACAUUUCGUGUCACUUUGAAUACCUUAUUACAUUUUCUAAUAUUAAAUAUGAACAUUCUAUUUUAUUUCACUUUUCUUUAUCACAACAAAAAAUUAGUUCUGUAAUGCAUUGCAUUCACUAUAUUUUUCUUUGAGAUCUUUUGGGGUUGAAAUGGCCAGGUAUAUUUCCUCAAAUUACUUGAUGUUGAAAUGAAGGUGCCCCUAAUAUUUUCAUCUGUUAAAAAAAUAAAUUCUUCAAAGUUAAAGAAGAAAGAUAUUCUGUACAAUAAAAUAAAUUGUACACAUGUUUCUUCUGUUUUUCCACCCUUUAAGCUAAUUUUAAUAUACGCUUAAAAAAAGCUGCCAUCUCAUUACAGCAAAAAUCUACAAAAAAAAUUUCUCCUUGUGACUAAAAAUUGAUUACUUCGAGGUUGUGAAAAUAUUACUAAAGUAAUUAAAUAUUUUAUUCCAUUUUACAAUGCCAUGGUUUACAUAUGCUGUAACAGUGGCACAACUCAAAAGUCUUUUUUGUUUUCGUUUUAGGAGAUGCAAUUGAAAUUUAAGUUGACAUAUGAAAUACAGUAGUGCAACAUCGAUACAAUGGUUCUAUGACAAUUUCAGAAUACCAUUAUUCAUAAAAAAAACAAGAGCUCCAAAUAUCCUAUAUCUUCUUACUAAUAAUAUACUACCAAAUUCUGUUCUUCAAUCGCCUGGCCAAAUUAUGAGCUUUGACCUUGUUGCAGUGAUAUUUAUUUACAUGCAAGAAGCUGUUCAUUUCAAGGAACUUAAUUUUAAGCAAUAUAAAUCCGGAAAAAAGUGUGUCUUAUUCAAAGAAAUAUGAUAUUUUGAUAACUGAAAAAGAUACAUUUACAUCACAAAUCAAAGAUUACAGAAAGUACAGAUUUGAUGUGAUGAACAUGAAAUAGGAUAAUAAUUAUCAUUCUGAAAAAUAAUUAUCUAAUAAAAGGGAUGAACCCAAUGUAAAUAAAUAAAUUCAGGAAACACAAACCUGUUUUAAUGAUGUAUUAAUAUUGAAACAAUACAAUCUUUUUAUUUUCUAAAAAUAGCUAUGAACAAUGUAAUAUACGAACAGGAUUUAUGUUCUUAUUAAUGUUUGAAAUAAAAUGAUCAUUAAUAUUGAUGUUUACAAUAGUUACUAACUUUAACACAUUUUUAUAACCACUAUAUAUAUUUCUUUUUAUUCAAAGAAAUAGUCAUUGUUCUCAGAAAUUUUAAACAAUAUUUUCAACGUUUCUAUCAUUCUCUCAACUAUAAUUUUUGAUCUGGCAGUGAUUAGAUUAAUCACAGACACUUUUCUCUCCUACUGUACUAAUAUAUUACUCUAAUACGUAAGAAAGAUCAUCUUCAAUUUGAGUUCUAAAAGUAGACAUUCACAAAAUAACUCAAGAACAGUUAAAAAAAUAUGAUCCAUAAGCAAAGGCUGUGGGCAAAGAAGCACAUGAAAAUGACCUCCAUAAACAUUUAAUUUUUAAUCUAAGUGAAAUGUCUUAACUAAACGCUAAAGCAUAAUAAAAUGGGGAAAAUAUGUCCUCAAACACACUGAACAGACUUUGAAUGGGAUUUAUUUGGCUCCCACAAUUUAAAUUAAUUUUUUUUUCUUAAAUAUUCUUUUUAUACCGACUGUUCAAUAAUUUAACAUCAAAUGGAUAAAAAUGGCUUUGUAAAUUGUCAGUCAUAGAAAGCAAAAUAAAUUACAUAUUGGUGGAAAAUUUGAAUAAGCACUUGCAUUUUUUAAUGUUAUGUCAUACUUUUUAAAAUAUUUUAAAAUGUUUGCUCACAAUUUUUACUGUUUCAAAAUCAUACCAAAAUAAAAAGUACAAAAAUUUUCUCUUGCAAAAUAACAUAUUGGAGACUACUGGGUAUUUACCAAACAUCAGUCCAUCUGCUUGUAACAAAGGAAUCCUCGAGUGCCUAUGAUUCAAAACCACAUAGGUGGCCGACUGAGUUUAGUAUAUUGUAAUUUGACAUUUCCAAUAGCAACAAACAGACAUCAGGUGUCUAUUUUGGCACUGUAUUCAUAUUUAGGAAACUGUAAAUACACUUUUGCAAGAGAAAAUUGUUGUACUUCUUGUAUUUUGAUAUGAUAUUAAAAUACAAAUAUUGCAAAAACCUAGAAAAAUCAUUUUUAUUUUUUUAUGUUGUAUCAAACAAAAUUACAAAACAGCAUGUCUAUAGAUUUCAUGCAAUCACAUGAAAUAUAUUUUACUGAAGUAACAUCUCUGAAAAUACUGAAAUUUUAGAAAGUGUGAUUUUCUAACAUUUAAGCAGUUUAAAACUCCAAAUUUCUCUCAUAAAUCUCACUAAUUUAUAUUCAUUUUCUUUAUUAAUUUUUCUCAAAACAAUUUCCACCCAUUUCAGAUGGUAAAUCUUUCACAGUAGGUAAAAAAAAGGAUUUAAGAAAAUUGUUCUUUAUGAAAGAGAGUUGUAGUGCAAACAUCAAUAAUUCUUAGAUCCUUUUUUUGUUAAAUAUAUUUACAUGGAGUUGGCUCAAUAUGUUUGGAGGCCUUUUUUACCACAUUUUUUCUGCUGUAGUUUCUUAAUAUUUUAGCCUCAGUGUGAAGUGCAUCUAAAAUCAGUUUUGCACAUUUACAUUAUUUUUGCAUUUAUAUUAUAAGAAAAAGUUUGGCCACAUUCUUAAAUACUGACAAGAUAUUUUAGAUAUACUUGUCAAUUUUUACACACUAUUUAAUAAAAAAUUCAAAGAAAUUUUUAACAUGUUCCAUAAUGUGAAUUUUUUAGAAACCGACAAUGACACUGAUGAUUCAUUUUUAGUUUCCAAAUCAUUCGCAUAUAAUUAGUCACUGUUCUAUGAUCACUUUAAACAUUUUUGGAACAUAGUGUUGCUGCAUUGGAUUUUGAAAUCAUAGUAUUUAUUGUGAGAAUUAAAUUUUUGGGCAAAUAUGCUUUAACUUUCACCUCAAAAAUUACACCCACUGAUUUUUUGCCUAAGAAAAAUCAAAUUUUCAAUGGUACUUUAUUUUGAAAUUAGCUUUUUUAUGUUUAUAAAUACAUAUUUCACUAAAUGUUCUUUGAUAGUGACAUUAAUGCUUACAUAAUUAAAUUAGUUGCGGGGACCUUUCCACAUGCUAAUUGGCUGCACCCUUUGUAUAAAAGUUUAGAAUUUCUUAAAGGUACCUGUAAUAUGAAAUACUAUUGUACUCCUUGUACACUCACCUACUGAAUCCUUUGAAAAUGUUCUAAUUUACCUUAGAAAACGGGAAAAUUUUAAUUGUUUCAGUGUAAAUUGUUGGUGAACAAAUGAGUACACAUAUCAUCAGAGCACAACAAAACUGACAUGUCCAACAUUGUCAGUUUCUAAGAUGUGAGUGGGUUUUAUCCUGAACAAAGCCAUGUAUUUUACAACCAAAGACAAAGUGAUUUUUUCUAUAUACUGGCUGCCUUGCAAACUAUCUUCAUUAACUGUUUACUAGUAAAAAUAGAAUAUUUUCUAAACAUAUUUCUUCACUUAACUCAAAAAUGACCAUUUUUGAGAAGUUCCACUUGUCCUUGGCACUGACAUUAUGAAAAACAUAAAUAAGCAUGUAUAUG